UCUCCCGCUCAUAAUUUCCAUUUUCCUUCGGCUUCAAAAAACCCUAGCCUCCACAGGACCACUCUCGUCUCUCUCUCUCCCUGCGAGUCUCCAUCUCACCCUGCAACAGUCCCCCCCGAUCUCACCCUGACCCAGUCCCCCUGACCCUGAUGCAGUCCUCCCCGACUUUCGUCUCUCUCUCGCCGAGUGGCCGCUCGACCUCACCCUGACCCAGUAACCACCCCCGCAGGCAGCGGUCGACACGAAAUUUGUGCUUCCGUUUCCUUGCUGGUGGGAGUGUUCUGCUGGUUUCCUCUUCUCUCCGUGUGCUUCUUGUUUUUCAUACUCGCCUCUCUUGAACACAUCCACAGCACUGACCAUACUUUUUGAGGUUAGACUUCUCAAGACACUCAGGGAGUCCGGCCAUGAACACGUUUACGACGCUGUCCAAUGCCCGCUUCGGCUCGCUCAAACUGCCGCCCUCUUGGAGAUUAUCCAUGGUCUAGUAGACUCAUCUGGUGGAAGAUAUCCUAAUUCUACAUUUUCAGAGCAUCAACCAAGAAAAAUUGCUUUAGGUCUAAUGGCUGCUAAAACUUGCUUUUAAAUUCAAUAUUUGAAGGAAUGGAGAAGUUAAAUUGCACAUAGAACAAAGGAUUAAUAUUGAUCAACAAAGAUUCUCUGGCUGCUACAGUUCACAGCUAUCCAACCAUCUUUUUGCAGGAUUAAAUGGAGCCAAGAUGGAAAGGAAAGGGCUUCAAGGCUAAAGCUCUUGCAGAGCCCAUUUCAAAGAUUGUAUCCCAAUUGCGGUCAUCUCUAAUUCAAUCAGAUGCUCACGGAUUGCUCGUUGGGUGCAGUGUACUAAUAGCAGCAGAAGCAGAACAAAUUGAUCUUCUCGAUCGUGCAUGCUUUGGUAACCGCAAUACUACAGCUGAAAAGGGCAAGGAGUGGUUUCAGCUGGGUUUGGAAGAAGCUUUUUACCUAUGCUAUUCAUUGAAAUGCCUCACAAUUGUGAGUGACGAUCAUUGUCCAAAGAAUGAUGUAGAGCUAUGGCAGUGCAUGAUAUCAAAAAAAUCAGCUUUCCCUGAUUUCUACAAGGCUUAUGCGCAUCUUCGAAUGAAAAAUUGGGUCGUUAAGUCUGGUUCCACCUAUGGUGUGGACUUUGUCGCCUAUCGGCACCAUCCCUCUCUGGUCCAUUCUGAAUAUGCUGUGCUUGUUUUGUCCGAAGGAGAGGAUGAGGUAAAUGGCCGAUUGAGGUUGUGGUCUGAUCUUCAUUGCGCAACUCGACUUAGCGGAAGCGUUGUGAAGACGCUUUUAGUUCUGAAGAUCAAUAAAAAUGGCAAUGGUGCUGCCUCUCCAUCAUCUUUGGAGAAAUACACCGUCGUAGAGCGCACAAUCACAAGGUGGCGUCCUGAACAAUGUCGUGAAAAUCCUUUGAUAGAUGAAAAGAUUACCAAGCAACGAGAAGCUCUUGGAAAAGCAGCAACUUUGAAGACGAAAUUUAUCACAAAACAUGAUGUAAAAUUGAAGAAGGGCGUAGUUGGAAUCGCAAGCAGUCUUAUUGUAGUUAGUGUUAGUCUUACUUUAGUUCUUAUUUCCAUUAUGGUAAGCCGUCGGUUUUGUUUAAAUUAAAUCUUCUUGAGUUAGAAUUUAUUGGAUUUAUGAGUUGAUGUAGAAAGUGGAGUUAUCUUA